UGGACAGAAUGGACCUAUUAUCAUAUCCAUGAUUCUCCACAAUUUCUGAGAGAUUUUUUUAUUUGCUGUAUUGAAAGUUAAAAGAGUGCUAAUUUGCUGAGAAAUAGGUUUACUAGUCCUAGGAGAGUAGCCAACACGCAUGCGCGUUUUGUUUCCUACGCUCCCUACCCCCUCGAGCCACCAGGGGCUAGUCGUUGGAGCGCAAUGGCGGUGCACCGGGGACCUUCUUCGAAAUGGCUCUUUUCCCGGGAGCAACUAGAAACAACGCCGUCCCGCCGCAGUGGAGUCGAAUCUGAUAGGGAACUUUCUUACCGUCAGCAAGCCGCCAACCUAAUUCAGGAUAUGGGCCAGAGACUCAACGUCUCUCAACUCAUCAUCAACACUGCAAUCGUUUACAUGCAUAGAUUUUAUAUGAUCCACUCUUUCACUAAGUUUCAUAGGAAUAUCAUCUCCCAAACAACCUUGUUCUUGGCUGCGAAGGUGGAGGAACAACCCAGGAAGCUUGAACAUGUCAUCAAAGUGGCCCACGCCUGCGUCAACCCCCAGGAUGCACCACUCGACACCAAGAGUAAUGCAUACCAUCAGCAAGCUCAGGAGCUGGUGAUACUAGAAACGAUAGUACUGCAGACGCUAGGUUUUGAAAUAACAAUUGAACAUCCUCACACUGAUGUUGUGAGAUGUUCCCAGCUAGUGCGAGCAAGCAAGGAUUUGGCACAGACUUCCUAUUUCAUGGCUACCAACAGGUUGUUAUCCUGA